AUGUCCGAUGCCGCCUGGGAACCCCUCAUCCGAAGCGGUCUCUUUCCGCCCCCGGAGAGGCUCCCGCCGAGCCAAGGCGGCCCGCUCCCGCCGAGCCAAGGCGGUCCUAGCCGCCUCCUGGGCCACAUGCUGCGCAACUCGUCCAUCGCGUCCGGCACCGCCGUCGGCAAGCGGGCGCCGGCGUGGAUGGCGGGCCUGGUUCACUAUCGCCUCGUCCCAGGCUCCUUCCCGCACGGGAUGCGGUACCACUUUGAUGGCCUGGCCGAGGUGAUCCGCUUCUCGUUCGACGCCACCGGUGACGGCGGCCCGCAAAGCGCUCCCUCCCUCACGUGGCGCUCGAUGCCUUUCGAGAGCGACGCCUUUGAACGGUACCAGUCGUGCCUCUUCUUCGGGACGGGUACCGGCCCGACGGCCGGCGCGCACCUCUGCUUCACCAACCCUGGUGUCAACCUCUUGCCUCUGCGCGGGCCGGGCGCGGAGCAGCAGCUGUGGCUCACGAUUGACACCGCCUCGUGGGGCCGCGUCGACCCGCAGGCGGCGCUAGCCCUGCCACCUCGCUGCUGGCCUUGGCUGCUUUCGCCGAUAGCGCACCCCGCCUGCGAUGGGAGCGCGUGCUUCGUGCAGCACCCGUGCCCAAAGCCGGGUCCCGGCCCAGCGUGCUUCUCGCUGCUGCGGCCGACGGCGGGCGACCUCCGCACCGUCCUCGUCUCGCGCGCCACACUGCCGCGGAAGAAGCUCAUCCAGCACUCGCACUCGCCGUGCGUCACGCCGCGCUUCGUGCUCGCCAAGCUCGACUCAUUCGGCGCGCGCACGACGAAUCGCUCGCGGGUGCUCUCGAGCGGCGGCGCCCGCUUCGUCAACAACCACUUUUGGAACUGCUUCGAGGACCCGCGCACCGCCGAGGUGGUGGUCGAGACGGUUGCCACCGAGUACCUCGACCUAUACAGCGAGCCGAACUUGCGCGCGCCCAUGGAGUGGAGCAGGCGCUUCCAGGCGCCGCUGCGCUGCCGCGUGCCGACGGAGGGAAGCGCCAAGGCCGGAGUCCGCUGCGCACCGCUCUCGGCCGCCGUCAACGCGAGCCUGCCCUUCGAUUACCCCACCUUCAACCCGCUCUUCAAGGCGCGGCACGACUACCGCUUCUUCUACGCCCUCGCGCCCUCGGCGGCCGACUCGAAGUGGUUCGACCAGAUUGUCAAGGUCGACGUCUCCCGCGGAGGUGGCGCCGUCGCCGCGUCGUGGGCGCGCCCCGGCGUCUACGUCACGGAGGCGGACUUUGUGCCUCGGAGGGGGAGCACCGCCGCCGCCGCGGAGGACGACGGGGUCUUGCUCUCGGUGCUGUACAAUUCCACGACGGAUUCGAGCUCUCUCGGCGUGUUUGACGCGCGGAGUCUCGCGCUAGUGGACCAGUUUGGACUCGGGGGAGUUGUGCCGUUCCACGCGCACGGCAUCGUCUGCCCAGCGUGGCACGGCGGCUGCUUCACCAACCCGUGA